AUGAGGCAUUCGUGCAACUCGCCAUGUCUUCUGGUUGCAAAUGUAGACCGCGUAUUAGCUUUGGAUUACGACAACAAGUCGAUAUUUCCAGUCGUUUCCAAUUUAUCAUCAGCUAUAGAUGUAGACUUUCAUUACAAUAAGGGCUACAUAUUUUGGUGCAACUUUCUAAGUAUCCAGCGCUCGAAUAUGGACGGCACAAACAUCACCGUUAUUCACAAUGAGACUUCCUGUUAUGGUUUGGCAGUAGAGUGGGACUCACUGCAGUUGUAUUGGACCGGUUAUCACAACAAAACUAUAAUGGUAUCAGACCUCGAUGGAAAUGACAAACGCAUUGUUUUCACUUCGCUCUCUGGACCAACCGAUAUCGUUCUUGAUCCACACCAAGGAUUGAUGUUUUGGAUUGACACUGGAAAUAUUUCUAAGGUGGAAAGAUCAACUUUAUACGGAACACAGCAUGUCACUAUAGCGGUACAUAAUGUUACGUAUUCAACUGGUAUCACUCUUGAUAGAAGAAGAAAGCUUAUAUUCUGGCUGAGUCAAUGGAACUUGAUAGAGUCCAUAGACUAUAAUGGCAACAAUAGAAGGAAAGUUUUUCAAAGAGAUGGAGUCAACUUUUUUGGACUUACUUUUAUCUCGUCUGAUUUAUUCGCCACUAACCGGUGGUUAUCAAGGAGCGUUUACAGACUGAAUCCCUCCAAUGGAAAAGUUAAAAGUAAUGUAACCGUCACAAGCUACUGGGGAGGCUUUUAUGGUCUUGUUGCAUAUGAUAGCUCCUUGCAGUUACCAGUGAUAACAUGUCCAGUGCCUUCACCAUCCAGUGGUACAAGAGCCAUAUGUUCGAGGAAUGCAACCUGUCAGUUCUCGUGUGAGGAUGGCUAUGUAGGAUCUGGCUCUCAAGUACGAAGAUGUCAGCGCAAUGGAACUUGGAGUGGACAGAAUUAUUCUUGUCAAAAGAUCACAUGUCCAGUACUGUCUCCACCGACUCAUGGAACAAGAUAUGGAUGUCCAGGAAAUUUGCCAUUAUAUAACGGUACCGUUUGUCGGUUCACGUGUAAUAAUGGCUAUGUAGGAUCAGGAUCUCAAGUCAGAAGGUGUCAGUACGAUGGAACUUGGAGUGGACAGAACUUUGUUUGUCAAAGUAGGUUCCCAAAGUUUAUCGGAUAG